UGAAGCAACAGAUGCCCCAGAUAGAGUUGAAGGGUUUCACAUAGAUUGGAUGUUCACGAGACAUGAUCUUAGAAAAGAUAAAUCGUAUGGCCGAGAAUUCUCCCUAUGUAAGUGUGCAGGCUCUAAAAUAGAUAACGACACCAAGAAUUUUUCAGACAUUCUUAAGGUUUUAAAAAUACUCAGAAAUAUGCACAGAAGCCUAGUCAAAGCAAUUGCUAUCGAAAGUGGAAGAGCACUUUCAAAACAAGUUUUAAAUGCUUGUAAUAAAUUAAUUAUGCCUGGUUUUGCAUCAUCGUGGUUCUACCUUCGUGCUGUCCUCAUAAUAUAUGUAGGAGGCGGAUUCUAUGCAUCAUUUGAAUUGGGAAAGUUUGAUAUCCCUACUUCGUAUGAUGAACUUUGGAAGCUAACUAAAUUGCACGAAUUAUGUUGCAAAUUAAGGUUGAAAUUGUUGCAUUUUACUGUUUCUCGAUUUAAACGUAUUAUGGAAAGAGCCGAGAAAGAAAAGUUCCUUUCUAGAAAAGUAACAAUCAUUGAGGCAAAGGAAACCCACACACCUAAUAAACCAAAAAAAACGAAACAACCAAAGUCUGAAGUAUGA